CGUUCAUCAAAUCAUAUUCUUUUCUUUUCACUUCAAGUUGUAUACCAUGGGAAAGGUGUGAUACCAGAAGACUUAACUCUCAACCAUCACAUCAUAUACCCCAAAACAUCAUCACAUCGUCCAAGACAUGCAAAAGCAAUCAUGGCACCUAAUACCAACCCACAAGCAGACUUCUACUGCCUGUGGAAAGACGAGACCAUCCGCGAGAGACUCUUCGACCUGCUCGACAAGCGCGACCUCUGCGUCGUCCGCGCCACCAACUCCACGCUUUCCUCCCUCCUCACUAGGCGGCUCUUCCUACGAACCCACCUAACCUUCACAGCCAACACCUUUACCAAGCAGACGCGCAUCUGCGCCCUCAGUCGAAUCGGCCACCACAUCGAGCACCUAACCUUCUCCUUCCCCCAUUCGGACGCGACCUUCCUCCCACCUUUAAUCCACCCAACAACAGGCCGCGAGAUCUCCUUCCUCUACCACCCAAUCACCUCCAUGGCCGCGGCGCUGGUCCGACCGAAAUUCACAAACUCCGAACUGGGCCAGAUCCUCAUGGAGCAGUACCCGCCCUUAUUCCACGCGGCUUCCAACGUUCCCUCGUUCAUCCACGCCAUGCGCCAUUUGCCCAACAUGCGGCACCUCUCCAUCAAAACCCCCGGCCAGGACCCCAACGAGCGGUACCGCAGGGACUGCGUCGACUACGCACUAAUCAGCUUGCGCAUCUCUCUGGAACGGGCACCGCUCACCAAGCUUUCCAAGCUUUCGCUGUCGGGCGUCCACCCCACGGCCUUCAACUACCUCCGCCACACGCCUGGCUCCGGCUACGGCUCCUCCCCCUCGUCCGAGCGUCGCUGGCGACAGAUCCGCAAGCUGUACAUCAGCGUUGAAAGCUGGGAUUUCUACCACCCUACCUCCCCCGGGCUGGACCACCUGAAGAUCAUGGAUGAAUUCAUUCGCUGGUUUGCUCCACGAUUGGAAAAGCUUAGUUUCACUUGGGAUGGACACCGGAAAGGACCGUGCCCUAUUGCGCUGGGUGAAGAUCCCCUUUUCGCGCCAGCUGGAGGGAAGAAGCAGCAAAAGAAACUGUUCAACGAGUUAACAGACUCCAUGAGCCCGCUACCUGAAAGGCCGAGACGAAGAGAGAUGAAUAUGCCUCGUCUUAAGUAUUUGUCGGUGCGAAAUGCGACGAUGAACGCUAGCCAGGUUAACGGGCUCGUGAAGAGGCACAUGAGGACGGUGAGGGAGUUCCAGUUUGAGGAGGUCUUGCUUGUCGGAGAAGGGACGUGGGACGAGGCGCUCAAGCCACUGUUUGAUGAGGCGGAGCGGAGGGCCAAGGGCGGAAAGAAGGGGGAUGUUUGGUGUAGGCGGUCGAUUAGUGGGAGUGUUGAGAGCGGAAGUGUGAUGAGGCAGGGUCAGCGAAGGCAGGUGAGCGGGUUGUCGAGCACGACGGAUGGGUGUGAGACGCUGUUGACGGAGUCGUUGGCUGCUACGGCGAUGACGAGGGAGUUGUUGAAUGUGGAUUUGGAGACGGUGUUGUUUAAUGGAGGUGGCUUGGAAGAUGGGGUGGAUGCGCUGGAGGUGGGAGUGCAAGAGUGGGCGAGGGGGGUGACGGCUGCUGCUGUUGCGAGUGGUAUGACUACUAAUACCGUCAUCCACGAUGGUGGAGGAGCCAACAAACGUGGAAGCGGUACGAUUACGACGAUUCACGAAGAGGGUGAGGAGGAAGUCGAUGUUGCUGAUCUGCAAAUGGGCACCAACAUGUCUGUCAGCACGAGAAUCAAGAAGCAGCGUCUCCGUAAGAAGAGCUCUGGGAAGCACCAUCGCGGAGAUGACAGCAUCACUGAGGGAGAGGAUGCCGAUGAGUCGCGUCGCCGGGACCGCGAGCGCCGUGAACGUGCCAGCGACGAUGAGCGCAGGCACCGCAGCAGUGAGAAGGAGAAGGAUAAGGGACGCCACAGCCGAAGCAAGACCAAGCACUCCCGUCGUGACGAGUCUAGCGAUCGUCACCGUUCUCGUUCACCUUCGCGCUCCCGCCAUAGUUCUCGUUCUCCUUCGCGCUCUCGCCAAGGCAAGCACCAUCGUCAUCACCGCCGGGAGUACCCGGAGGACGACAAGGUCACGACUCUUCCGACCUUACCAGAACUCAAGACCAUGUCUGAAGUCAACGGCGCCGAUGAUGAAGACCUACCUCAGCCUCCUCAACCCAAGAACGCUCCCUACACGCCACCACAACUUAUUACCCAGCGACUCCCACCGUCACCUCCCCAAUCUGCCGGUGGUGCGUCCAACAAAGACAAAGCAUUGCCCCCACCACCACCAGGCUAUUCCUCGCCCACCCCUCCCCGCUCUCCUCCCCGGAUGACCAAGCAAGAUCACCGCCCCUCUCCUCGUCCAUCUUUGGACACUCCUCAGGCUGCCCGGCUCAACAUCACCGCCCCCAUACUCAAUGCCAACCCCUUCCCCGCCGUCCUCUCGCCAACCGUCUACGACCCCUCCUCCAAAACCGGCCCCCUUCUCGGCAUCAGCGGACCACAAAACGCCCGUGGCGGCGCCGUCGGUACCCUCCUAUUCCGCGACUCCACUUCCUCCAACCCCGAUGGUCCCUCCCUCUUCGCCGAUCUCGACGCUCACGUGGAAUCCGAGCAAGAUCGGGCCGCCGCCCUCAAAAAGGCCAGGGAACAGGUCCUCGAGAAACUCAGCAAGGAAUUCGCCCACGGGCCCUACGGCACUCCCUCCACCAUUGAAUCCAUCGACCAUCCUCAACCUCAACCUCAACCUCAACCGGCGCGUCCCCAACCGCCCAAGCGCUCCAACUCUCACUCGAUCAAAUCACAAAUCCCGAACCCGUUCCCCCUGAAGCGCGCCAACUCGCAUAACCACCACCACACCGGCACUUCCAGUGGUCACAGACGCCAACACUCCGGCCACCACGGGCACGACUCACUAGCAGUCAUGGCCGCCCUCAACUCCUCCCGCUCGAGACCAGGCGCUGCUGAGUCGGCCCCCACCUCCGCUGUAACUGGUGAUCGUGACCACGAGGACAUGCUAGCUUUUAGCAUCCCUUACCACGACCACCACGCUGAUUGCGGGGUUACUUGCGCUCCGCCUACCUUGCCUCCUCCUCAUCACCAUAACAGCGCCACUUCCUCUUCCCUUGGCUUCGGAGCAAGACUUAAAGAAGGGCUGUUUGGUAUCGUUAGGGCGGGGACGCCAGGUUUUUCGAGGAAUGGUACUCCUGGGCCCUCUAGAACCGGGACCCCUGGGAUUUCUUCUAUGGCCGGGACCGAGACGGUGUUGCAUCGUGGGAGGAGGAGUGAAGAUGAUGCAGGAAGAAGACAAAGGGAGAGGGAGGUGAGAGAAAGGAGGGAAGAGCGGAGGGAUGAUCAAAGGGACCACUGCUACAAGUAUGGACACGGAAGUAUCGAGAGCAGUGCUAGUGGUCAUAGUCGAGGGACUACUGGCACCGGGAGUGCCUAUGUCCCGUUGAUGACCAGUCAGAGUGUUUUGGGGUAUAAGGGAAGCUGAAGUGUUGAGCGCUUCAGAGAGAUGGAAAAAGGGAAGCAUAGAAAGGUCCUACAACCGACUGGUCGGUCACACAAGAGCAUGAAAUAGUAUAGAGCAUUGUUGGAAACGGGCAACGGAUAGAUGGAUGGGGGCAACGGCUGCAUACAAGUACACGGAUGGUUAUGGGCUUGGUUGGGACGGUGAUGACGAUGAUGAUUUCAUGAUGAUGUUAUGAAAAAUGAUGUUUAUGAAACGAAGUAACGAGUUUUCUUUUUCCUUGGUUUUAGCUUGUACAGUUUAUAUAGCUCGAGCUCGAUGCUUG